AUUAUAAAUGGUUAUACAAAUUAAAUAACAAAAUUAUAUUAUAUGAUGAACAGUUUUAAAUCAUUGGACUAGAACUUAUGCAAAACGUUACGUUUACGGAAAGAUGAUAGUGAAAAAUAAGAACGAUUUUUAUAUUUAUAAAUAUAUAAUAUAGAAAUUCAAUAGUCACAAUGUAAAUUACGAAGAAGUUUUGAUUAACGCGAUUUAAGCAACUUGGAACAAUAGACGAUAAAUAUUACAAAGUAUCAGGAACUACUCUUCCACAAUAACCGUGCUUCCAUUUCUACUUUUAAAAGAUGCAAUCGGGAACGUGGUGUAUAAAACCCGGUGAUGCUGUAACGCAGAGUUAUUUCAGUUUUGAACACUUGAAGAUUAGGACGAUCUGCCAAUGAUUCGAAAGGCAUUAUUACUAGCAACGAUGCUGAUAGGAAUUCGAGGCGAACCUCAAGGACCUGCUUAUCUUCCUCCUAGUGUAUCUCGUCCUCCUGGUACACCUGGAGGCGGGACAGGACAUCCAGACGAAUGGGCUGGGGAUCCAGCAAACUAUGAGUUUUCAUACGAAGUGCAAGAUGCUGUUGCUGGUUUAGAUUUCGGUCAUCGUGAAAUGCGAAAAGACCAAGAAGCAACUGGUACAUAUCACGUUCUACUUCCCGAUGGUAGAACACAAAUAAUUGAUUAUGUUGCUGAUAAUGCUGGUUAUCGGCCAAUGGUACGAUACGAAGGAACAGCAACUUAUCCAGCACCAGCACCGUCUGCUGGUGGUGGCGGUGGAGGCGGAGAUGAUGGUUAUAGAUAUUAAUAAUAUAAUUACAUAAAAGAAGAUUGUAUUAAAACACUUUGAAUUUUAUUAAAUUAAAAAUUAAUUUUUUUUAUUGGUGAACACGUCAAAUCGGAGUUUGCGAAAUCACAUUGGUGGUACAAGCAAUUUUUAAAUAUUUCGAUAACUCCGUCAUUAUUUGUGUUCCAAUUGUUUCUACGUACACAUUGAAAGUUUGUAAUAAAUUUAUUAAAUAUUACAAUGAUAUUAUAUACGAUAUACAUGCUUUGUGAAAAUUUAUUAGACAAUUUAUUGGAAAAUGAAUUGGAAAAUUUAUUAGAAAUUAGCAUAUACCAAAUGCGUUGAUCGCAAAAUAAAAUGUAGCGACUUGUGUAUGUACAAGAUAUUUAAUAAUGUAUGUAUGCAAUGUAUUUUGAAUAUCGAUAAUCGCAUAUCGCACAAUAUUCAGAGUCAAAAAGUUGCAACAAAUUUCAACGGAUAGAUAUAUUGAUAAAUAUUGAAUAUUGCGGUUAUAUAUGUCUUCAUCGAGAAAAUGCCGAUAAUUUAUAAUAAAUAAAAAAAGGUGAAUAUUUA